ACACCAAUUCACAGAUUUCCUUUUCAUCUCCUCCCCAUAUUUGCAUACCCAUCGGCCUCAUUAUUCAUCACAUGCUUUGCUAAUUCAAGAUUUUUAUUAACACUCUGAUUAACUAAUCACCACCAUGAUGAUGAUUCAAUCGGGUAUCAACAAUGCCACUGCCAACCCACUUUCUUCUUUCGCUGCUUCUCAGAUCUUCGGCGGCUGCCACGAACGGAACAUUCUCUUAAAGAAGACGAAUGCCUCCACCGCCGCCGGCGGAGUCACUCACCGGAAAAUAUCUCUUUCCAACGGUGGUAAUGGAGGAAGCAGAAGAAGAAGCCCAGAUGUUGUUUGCCCGAAAGCUGUUUCUGACUCCAGUUAUUCUCAGACCUGCCUCGAUCCUGAUGCCAGCAACAGUGUGCUUGGAAUCAUUCUUGGUGGUGGAGCUGGGACUCGGCUAUAUCCUCUUACUAAGAAAAGAGCCAAGCCUGCAGUUCCUUUGGGGGCUAAUUACAGGCUAAUAGAUAUACCUGUAAGCAAUUGCUUGAACAGCAACGUAUCAAAGAUAUAUGUUCUCACCCAAUUCAAUUCCGCGUCUCUAAAUCGUCAUCUGUCACGGGCGUACGCAAGCAACAUGGGCGGUUAUAAGAACGAAGGCUUUGUUGAAGUUCUUGCGGCACAACAAAGUCCCGAGAAUCCUGAUUGGUUCCAGGGUACAGCGGAUGCUGUAAGGCAGUAUCUGUGGUUGCUUGAAGAACAGAAUGUGUUGGAGUUUUUGGUUCUUGCCGGUGACCAUUUGUAUCGAAUGGACUACGAAAAAUUCAUCCAAGCACACAGGGAAAGUGAUGCUGAUAUAACCGUGGCCGCUCUGCCCAUGGAUGAAAAGCGUGCCACUGCAUUCGGUCUAAUGAAGAUAGAUGAGGAAGGAAGAAUAAUCGAGUUCUCAGAAAAGCCAAAGGGGGAGAAACUACAGGCAAUGAAGGUUGACACCACCAUUCUAGGCCUCGAUGACAAGAGAGCGAAAGAAAUGCCUUUCAUUGCGAGUAUGGGUAUAUAUGUUUUCAGUAAGAACGUUAUGUUGGAUUUGCUCAGAGAGAAGUUUCCAAAGGCAAAUGACUUUGGAAGUGAAGUAAUUCCCGGUGCAACUUCAAUUGGCCUGCGGGUACAAGCAUACCUAUAUGAUGGUUAUUGGGAAGACAUUGGUACCAUUGAGGCUUUCUAUCAUGCAAAUCUUGGAAUCACAAAGAAGCCAAUACCAGAUUUCAGUUUCUAUGAUCGGUCUGCUCCAAUUUAUACACAACCACGAUAUCUACCACCUUCUAAAAUGUUGAAUGCUGAUGUUACAAACAGUGUGAUUGGUGAGGGUUGUGUGAUCAAGAACUGUAAAAUUCAUCAUUCGGUGAUUGGUCUUCGGUCAUGCAUCUCUGAUGGUGUUAUUAUUGAAGACACUUUGCUCAUGGGAGCUGAUUACUAUGAGACUGAUACAGACAGAAGACUGUUAGAAGCAAAGGGUGGGGUUUCUAUUGGUAUUGGAAAGAAUACCCAUAUCAGGAGAGCAAUAAUUGACAAAAAUGCUAGAAUUGGAGAUGAUGUCAAGAUUCUGAACAAAGACAAUGUCGAAGAAACAGCAAGGGAAACAGACGGUUACUUCAUUAAGAGCGGGAUUGUGACCGUGAUCAAAGACGCCUUGAUUCCAAGCGGAACCGUAAUCUGAGACGUUUCGACCCACCAGGCAUACCCGAUCUUGUCAUCGGCCGUCUGGGAUUAUGAGCAUUUAAGUAGUCACAGUUAUGCUUUGGCCUUGCUUCUUUUUAUAGCAAUAACUUGUGUCCCUGUUUAUUUGUUUUUCAAAUAGUUGAUCAAAGGCAUCUAAUAAAAUGGUAUACAAGAAAUUUAACAAAC